AGUUGCGGAGGAUGGUUCUCAAUUAUUUGCGCCGUUUUAUUUGCUAGACACUGUGGACAUGAAUGUCAAUUUUGUUAAUUUUAAGGAAGCCACGACAUUAAAGGAGUCAGAAGACCCACAACAUUUCUUUCAGUAUGGAAGACCUUUGUGGGGUGCACUAUUAAUGCCUUCUAGUGAUACUAAAGGGAUGGAACCAGAACGUAUUAUCGAAUUGGCCAUGGACAAGCUUAUUGGCGGACAAUUUUUCAGCGUUUGGAGGAAAAACCAAAUUAAAAUGUUGGAUACUUUGGCUAUUCUAGGACCCCGUUUAUGUGUCGAAAUAGCGCCACAAUCUGAAUAUGCGCCUGAUUUAAUAGCAAACAAUAUGCGCCUUUGUAUUAAAGUCUUAGAGGAUCGUAAAUACAUUGUUACAGCGAUGCCUACCGAACCUGUGCUAGCAGAAGCUAGUGCUCGAAUAAUGAAUGAUCCGCAUAUCAGCCUCACAGAACUUAUUAAUAAGCUAUCCGAAGCCUUAAAAAAAGGCGUAGUAGAGGCCGGUUACCGUGGAGAGCUCACAGCCAGGUUGUUACUUCUCAACGCCUGGGAUUGUUGCAUCAAAAAAAAGAUCCUAGAUGACACGAAUAUUAGUAAAAAUUAUUUUCGAUUCGUGACUCUUGAAGAAUUUUUAAAAUCGUUACUCGUGGAUAAUGUUUAUGAGAAAAUAAAGAAUCGCCUUGAAGAAACAGUAAAGUUUACAGGAAGAAAAUUCAGCGAAGCUUAUAUUAAGUUUACACACUUUAUCAAUAUUACAUAUACUCCGAAGAGAAAAGAUCUCGGGGAUGCUCUGAUUCGUGGUAUUGCAUAUUCAUGUAAACGAAAUCAGCAGGGAGUAGAUAUUAUAAUACCUCUAUAUAUGGGCACUCUUGAUGAAAAGUUUAACGAAGAUCGUAUUUCAUACAUAUUAAUACAAAUUAAAAAUCACGCUACUAAUAACAAAG